AUGAUUAUAAAGACGAAACAUUUGAAGGGUGUGUAUGAUUUUGUGGAUUUGAUCCUACAGAAAAGACUCGCAUCUGUUAGCCAAAGCCUUGAGCGGAAUGACUCUAAGAAGGAUUUUCUGGAUGUCCUGCUGGAUUUCAGAAGCGAAGACUUCAAUCUCGUUGAUAUUCGAGCCCUGAUAACCGUAAGUACUGAAAAGACCCAAAAAAAAGUUUCACAAAUUUCUGAUAUUUUAGCCAGAACGUCUUACUGUGGUAACGUUUUGCAGGACUUGUUUGUUGCCGGUACUGAAACCACUACUACAACAAUAGAAUCGGCCAUGGCAGAAUUCAUUCACAAUCCGCAGAAAUUAAAUCGAGUGCGACAAGAAUUGGAUGAUGUAGUCGGUUGCAAUAGAAGAGUGGAAGAAUCUGAUCUAGAUCAUCUGCCUUAUCUAAAUGCAGCCGUGAAGGAAAUUUUCCGAUUGCAUCCGACCGUUCCUCUGCUGCUCCCCCACAAAGCUGAGAGCUCCUGCGUGAUUGGAGGAUUUGUGGUACCCAAAAACAGCCAGGUGAUAUUGAACGUGUGGGCCAUUGGGAUGGACCCUGCAAUUUGGAAGAGGCCUUCAGAAUUUGUGCCGCAGAGAUUUUUGGAGGGUGAGAAUAGCAGGAUCGAUUACAGGGGUCAAAACUUUGAGCUGAUUCCAUUUGGAUCGGGAAGAAGAAUUUGUCCAGGGCUUCCGUUGGCAAGUCGUAUGAUUAAUUUUGUUUUAGCUUCAUUACUUCAUUCAUUUGAGUGGAAACUUCCAGAUGAGACGUGCUUCGAGCAGAUGGACAUGGCGGAGGAGUUUGGAGUUACGCUAAAGAAGGGUGUAGAAUUAAAAGCAAUCCCUGUACCCCGUCUGCCACAUCAUCUAUACUAGCGGUCCGCGAUAAGUAUUAACUUGAUCAAGUAUGUAGCUCUUUUUUUUUUGGUUCUCUUCGAUGCUGUUUAAACAAUUUUCUUCGGGUAUUGUAUUCGACUUUUGGACGUAAAUUGUGUAGUUUGAAUCAUGAGUAAAGUUGG